AUGGCAGAACUCAAGCCUCCAGGCGGCGAGCCGCUUCUGAGCACCGGACAGACAACCAACAAGCUCGGAACAGCAGUUGAGAAACGAGAGUCAGAAUCCAGCUCAGAGAACGUUCCAAAGUCUGACCCCUCCGCCCAACAAGACACCGACGAUGACUCUGAUAGGGACUCCAAUUCCGGCGAAGACGAUGAGCCCAGCAAGAAAGCCGUCCAAAAUCUUUAUGAAGGCAAGAAGGAAUGCAACUGCUGCAUCAACUGGGUUGAAGAAGAACCAGAGAACAAGAAGGAGGCUGCGACCGGCACAGUCAUCACAGUUCGCCGCAACCGAGACCAUGAAAAGGAAAAGUCGCUUUCAUUGCAUUCCAUCUUGGUGCACAGCGAGCAAUUGAAGGAUACUUUGCGAGACGUCCUCCGCGGCACUGGUUCCGCCAUCACUUCUAGGGAUUUCGUUCUUGAGCGGCCUUUUGAGAACGUCUUUCACCAAUGGGCGGCGAUGACAGAAAUGUUUAAGAAGUCAGAAGACAAGGAUGAUUUGCAGCAUUUCAAGUUGCUUUACGAAGUCUUGUCCACAGAACUAGGCGACUUCUUCGACGAGGUGAACGACCUCCUGUCUAAUAGCUUGAUCACAUAUCCCCUUCUCUGGACAAUCUUUCCUCGUGGCGAGAUCUGUCUCGCCGUAGACGAUUUGGGACAGGCUGUUGCUGUGAGAGCUCUCAAUGGUGCAUACUCGAAAGAGGGUUACCGGCUCAAAUGUGACUUCAUCGACACGGAUGGCAAGACUUUUGGACUUGCAGGCACAUGCUUGGAAAUACCUGGCUUCAAGGACGCAGCAUCAAUCGCGAGCUUACCUGUCAGCCCUCUCAAGUACAACCCAGAGGCAGAGGGGAUCAAGGAAAUUCUGGUUCGUCGAGGAAGGCGCUUUGCAGAGCUCUCUGGCUUCCAUCACAAGAAGUGCAACGGUCAAGAGUGGCACAUUGGGCGCAAAGACGCUUGGCUGCCAAGAAAGUCAACCGGGCGUAUUAUCAUUGACCCCGAGACAUUCGACGAUAACAACCCUGCUAAGGCCGUGUUUCUGAGACCCUUGAGUUCAGACCAAAAUGACGUGACUUCAUUUGCAAGAUCUUUCAAACUAGUCAGGGAUAGCGAGUUUUUGUUGUGCGGAAGUACAGUUCGGGGGUACUCCUUGAAAUCAAAGGCUUGGGCCAAGUUCACUGUCGAUGAUGUCGGCGAAAUUGAAUGGAACGACACCUGCGCAUCGAACCUCAUCCUCCCCAAUGGGUACAAAGAUCUCUUGCUAUCUCUGGUUGAGGAGCAGAUGCUCGCUGAAGAUGGCUUUGAUGAUUUCAUCGAGCAGAAGGGCCAGGGCUUGGUUCUCCUCCUCAGUGGCGACACAGGUGUUGGCAAGACACUGACAGCCGAAGUCGUGGCCGAAAAGAUGCGCGCUCCUCUAUACGCAGUCAGCGCUGGCCAACUGGGAUUCGAUGCCGAAGAGCUUGAGGCAAGGCUGAAGCUAGUGUUAGACAUCGCGUCUAAGUGGGACGCUGUACUGCUACUCGACGAGGGCGAUGUCUUUCUUGAGAAGCGGACGACAUCUGAUCUUCACCGCAAUAGAUUGGUCUCCAUCUUCCUUCAACUUCUAGAAUACUACGCAGGCACUCUGAUCAUUACCACAAAUCGCGCUGCAGUUAUUGACGAGGCAAUCAAGUCGCGCAUUCACAUCAACAUCAGGCUUCCCGGGCUGACUAUCGAGGCCCGCAAGAGCCUUUGGGAGAAUCUGCUGAAGGAGAACAAGAUUAAGCACGGUCUUAUCGAAGCUGACUUCCAGUCAUUGGCAGAGGUUGAUGUCAAUGGAAGGGAGAUUAAGAAUGCUCUCAAGUCAGGCAUACUCAUGGCACGUAAAGCAAAGGAGCCUGUAUCGAUGACUCAACUACGGGUUGUUUUAGAUAUUCUCACAGCAUCGAAGACCACUUAG